CAGUAUGGCAGUACGGCAGCGCGGCAGUGCGGCAGUGCGGCAGUAAGACACGCUGACUGACGCAUGAACGAGCCCGUUACUGAUCCACAAGCCACAGGCUGAGAACCUUACAAACUUGGAAAUGACCUCACCCAGGCCAGUCGAGAUAUCCUCCUCAGUCAAUGUAUAUAAGGUGUUGAAUUCUUUGGCAAAGACGAGAUCACAUAAAUGGUCAUACUACACGUUAUCGUUUCGAAGAAGUCAAAAGGCCCACUAACUUUAUCGUCUUUAAUCGCCAUCAUUCAUUCACAAUCUCCCACGAUUCUAGUUGAGCUGAGCAAGCCGGAACAAUGACCGCUCCCACUUACACACUCGCCGAGGGCGUUCCCUACGCAGAUCCGACAACCGCUCAGCACUUUGGCGGCAACUCAAUCAAGGGUCUGAUGCUGCUGCAAGACACGCAGCUGAUCGAGACUCUGGCGCACUUCAGCCGCGAGCGCAUCCCGGAACGUGUUGUCCACGCCCGAGCUGCCGGGGCCUUUGGCGAGUUUGAGGUUACCCAUGAUGUAUCUCAGUACACCUCCGCCAAAUUCCUCAGUGGCCUUGGGACGAAGUCAAAGGUCCUCCUCCGGGUGUCAACCGUCGGACCCGAGCGAGGAAGCGCCGACACCGUGCGUGACGUUCGGGGUUGGGGCAUGAAGAUAUUCACGGAAGAGGGCAACCAGGACUGGGUCUUCAACGACAUCGUAAGUUGCCAACCCUUCAUCAGUCUCCUGGAGGUGAAACUGAUUAGACAGCCUGUGUUCUUCGUCCGUGACCCAAUCAAGUUCCCGUCUCUCAACCGUUCGCAUAAAAGGAACCCUCGCACAAACGUGACAGAUGCAACUAUGGUAUGUUCAUCCCUCAGACGAGCGUUGGGCACAAUUGCUGACCGUAAACUAGUUUUGGGAGUAGGUGAACCUGAUGUCGUUGUUGAUCUUCAUGCUGACCAUUCUAGUUUCCAUAACAACAACCAGGAGGGUAUCCAUGCCCUUAUGCAUCUCUUUAGUGGCCGAGGCACCCCCAAGAGUAUCAGACACCUGAACUCUUACAGUGGACAUACGUAUAAGCUUACGAAAGACGACGGCACAUUUCACUAUGUGAAGAUUCACAUCAAAACAAACCAGGGCGUCCAAAACUUGUCGCAAGACGAGGCAGUCAGGCUUGCCGGCGAGAACCCAGACUACCAUACCGCUGACCUAUACGGGGCUAUCGAAGCGGGCGACUUCCCUUCGUGGACAGUGUUCUUUCAGAUCAUGGAGCCCCAGGAUGCUGAGAAAUAUCGCUGGAACAUCUUUGACAUGACCAAAGUCUGGCCGCACUCCGACUACCCUCUCAUCCCUGUGGGCAAGCUCACACUAAACAAGAACCCUUCGAACUACUUUGCCGAUAUUGAGCAGGCUGCUUUCUCCCCGUCCAACAUGGUCCGUGGAUUCGCGCCCUCUGCAGACCCCAUGCUCCAGGCCCGCAUGUUCGCUUACAACGACGCCGCCCGCUACCGACUCGGAGUCAACUAUCAGCAGCUCCCCUGCAAUCGGGCGGUAUCCCCCGUCUACUGCCCCUAUCAGCGAGACGGCUUCAUGACCUUUGGCGACAACUACGGAGCCGACCCGAACUACGUGCGAUCUGACUUGAAGCCGGUCAACUACGUCGGUAGUCAUGGUGCGAGCGGCUAUGCAAUUGGCGGCCACGAGGACUGGGUGGGACGCGUAUGCGGUUUCACCUCGGAAGUUGUCGACGACGACUUUGCGCAGGCUCGAGCCUUUUGGGAAGUCCUUGGCCAGCAGCCGGGAGAACAAGAGGCGCUGGUGCACAACGUCGCCCAACACAUGGGUGGUGCAGCUGCAGCGGUACACGAGAAAGCUUUCGGUGAGUGCCCCGACGGACUGAUUGCAAAGAAGAAAAGUCUACUAAUCAUGGGUUCUGCCAGUAAUGUUCGCCAGAGUUGA